CGGCCCGCGGCAGUCGGUGUAUGACGUUCGCAGCGCGCGGUUCGUCGCGCACGUGCGCGGCAACAUGUCGCGACCCUCAGUGAUGUUAGUGCUUUUGAUGCUCUUUUCUAUCAAUGCCUCUCAAGUGGUGGACCACCAGGACAUAUGUGAACGCGAUUAUUGUGAAUGCACCCCCGCAAGACACCCCAACUGGCUGGUCGUCAACUGCACUCUUUCAAAUGAUCAGGAGUUGGACAUAUAUGAGGGCGAACUUCCCGACACCACGACUGACCUGAUUAUAACCGGAGGCCAAGUUGUGACGAUUAACUCGAACGCUCUAUCCCGACUCAGCGAUGCGAGACUUGUUCAUAUAUCAGAUACAAAGUCAAUACUCAUAUCAAAGUCUUCCGCCAUGCAGAUGAACAUCGUCAACCUAUACCUCGACAUAAGCACAUGUGAAGUCCUACGCAUAGAAGAGAGAAGCUUUAUCAAUAUAAAAGGACCUCUCUCUGUGUCAAUCCAUCGCUGCGUAUAUGUUUCGAUCGAGAGCGAAGCUUUUUCUUGGCUUUUAUCCAUAAACAUUGAUAACGUUGGAAAACUUCAACUGAGAAGCGGAUCAUUCAUGUUGGACCCAACUGCGGCCAAUGUCGGUGAACAUGGCCCUGGGAUGACGAUCAAAAUGAAAAACUUGUCGAUAACUGAGUUAGCCGGACAAACAUUCGGUUCGUCAGCUGCAUUGAUAUCUAUGGUGGGGGUUCGAGUACGAGUAAUUCACCCGGAAGCAUUUUCAGCAAAUACGUAUAAUAUUGUUAUGGCUAUGAAUACUACUUUUCAAAUUAUUGAAGGAGAGUCGUUUUCACAGAAGUCUCUAAUCAACAAUCUACAUUUCUAUGGUUGCACCAUUCACCAUUUAGCAACCGGAGCACUACAGUCGGCUGUGGCUAAGCUGAAUAUAUCGCACACUAAAAUUGAUAUUGUCGAGACAGGCGCUAUUAAUUCAACAGUAGUAUUGAUUGAUAUCUCACAUUGUAUAUUUCAUAUAUUCAAAGAAAGAGGAUUUGAGCUAUCAUCUUGGAACAAAGUUUAUAUGAUUGGGAAUUCUUUUGAUGAAUUGGCGCCUAACGCAAUUAUUGGAUCGAGUGGAAACAUUCAUGAAGUUAUUUUUAAAGGCAAUGAAAUUGAAAUAAUGAAUCCCGGAAGUUUGGAUUUUCUGGGAAAAGCAUUUACGCAAUAUGAAAAAUAUAUAGAUUAUAAAAAUAACUACUAUGGACAACCCUGCUAUUGCAAUAUGUCUUUCUGGUUUGCAAGCGGGCUAGGAGUUGAGUCCGCCGAACCUUUUUUAAAUGAAAGUUAUUGUACUGUUGAUGAAUUCUUCGCAAGAUGUUUUAAUGUUUAUGAUCAAAAUAUGGCGUUGAGUAAAUUCUUCCAGAACGUAUGCAAUGAUAAAGCCAGUAUUGAAUGUGAAUCGUACAAUUCUCAAGGCGAAGAAGCAACAAAAGAAGUCAAGAACCCAAGAUUUCCACACAUUUUUAUGGAGGACAAUGAAAGCGGACUAUCGAGACGUAAUGCAAAGGUGAUUGGUAUCGUUAUAGUUACAAUAUUAGGAUGUAUAACGAUGGCUCUGUUAUUCACCUUGUUUAAAUGGAUGAAACAAAGAGGAUACUGCGCAAGUAUUAAAGACUAUUUUAGAAACUCUAACUCUUCGUGUGGUUUUUGCGAUAGAUUAUGCGUGUGUGGAAAUAUCGGGCUUGAUAACGCAGCGUCCAUAUCUCAAUUAUCAGUUAAUGAAUAUUCAGAACGCCAUCGAUUAAAUGAACCACGAGUUCAAGAAAAUAUAAUACAAGAAACAACUAUACCGAGUGCACCCCAAGAACAUGAACUCGUACCUGCAGAAGACAAAACAACACAGACUCUGCCUGAAGAAUUAACCAAAGAACUUUUGGAAAACUUAAAAGAAAAACUAGACGAUCCCGAGAACUACGUCGAAGCUCGUGAAAUGAUUGAACAUUUGUACGAACUAAUAAAAGUCGAAGAAAGUUGUAACUCAAACAAUUCUGUGCCGACAACUGACCAAGAAAACAUUUACGAGUUACCUUUUCAGAAUACCACUCCGCGGGUAGGAAAAAACAAAAAGCAAAUGAUCAGUGUUGGUACUAGGACCCCAUCUAUUGAUAAACUUACACCAUUAUCUCCAUACAGUAGACAUCCACCUCUAUCCCACGAAUAUUUCGAGCCUAAAGAUUUUGCUGUUCAUUUGUAUGCUGAGAUUGUAAAUAACGAUAGAGAAAAAAAGAGCUUAUUAGGUUCUAUGCCUGAUGUUAUCGCAGAACAAGCAGUGCCACGUGGACCAUAUUUACGAGCUGUUAGAGAAAAGAUGAUUUCAAGCGUGCCUAACACACCACUGAAAUCUUUAAACGAUUCAUUCCCCAAAAACACUUCAACAAUACUUUCAAACAAAUCGACUAAUUCUAAUAAUUCGAGCAAAAUGAUAAACAGGCCACUGCCAGAAAAACCUGCUGUACAUGCUGACCCUGGCGAAGGCACAUCUUUUCAGACCGGAUGAGUAAUGGAGAAAAUGGUGAUAGAGUCAAGGCAGGAUGUCGAUUCUAAGGAAAAGAAAAAAUCCAAGCGCAAGCGCAAUCGUCUGACUCUAAUUCCUGACACCGAUGAUGUAGAGUUUUACUUAUCCCUUGACCCUUGCAUUACGAUGUAAAGAUAAGGGAUGGCGGCUUAUGCGUUUCUUUGCUGUGAUAUUACUUUUGUUUGUUUUUAUUUAUAUAAUUUGGAAAUGAGACAUUAAAUCAUGCAUGAUAUGCUGUAUUUGUAAAUAAUUGUUUCUUCUGUAGUAGUUUUAGUUGUAUGUUGAAGUAAAAAUAUAUCGUGCCACACAAUUUAACAUUAUACAUAAUAUUUGCCAUAAAUGCUUGCUUAGCUUUAAGAUAUAUUAAUGGUGUAUAAAUUAUUCUUAAACUCUGUAAAUUUUGAUGACAGCCGCUCGUCGCACAAUACAUGUAGGUAAAAAAAUUCAAUGUUAAAAUAACAACACUAUAAUUAUACCAAAUAAGAGUUACCCGCUGUUAGUUGAAACUUAUAUUAAAAGACAAUGCUUUUUUAGUAUUUAGAGUUUGAAAGCAUUUAAAGAAAUAGAAUAAUGUAUUAAAUAAGUACAGAUAUUUUAGAUGAUAACUGUAAUACUGUAUCGUUAAAUAAAUAUCUCCACAGUCAAACUACUGAUCUAUCGUCCCAAAGGUUAGUGAGAGAUAAUUUUAAUUACUCUUAAUUUUAUUACUCAAAACUUAUUUCCUUCUUUGUUCAAAUCUAUUCGACGUGUUAUAACUUACAUCUAAUUCUAUAACUAAAGCUUAUUUUUUACUAAAAAGACCCUAUUCCCAAAACCAACUGCUUUAAAUUCUAUCCAAUAAGGAAAUCUCAAUGUAUUUUUAAUAUUCAAAUUAUAUCCUCGUAGUGUAAGAAUAAAAUGUCGUAUUUAUGUACAUUAGAUGAGAUUGUUAUUUAUAGAUUAAUGAAAUGUAUUCAGUAAUUUGAAUAGUUAUAUUGGCUGUUAGAUAAUUUAAUCUGUUCCAAGGAUAACCUAUGAGGUUAAUCUAAUGUGUAGAAGUUUUGACGUGUUUAACUGUUUGUAAAAUAAUGCAUUUAAAUAUAACCAAUAUUGUAAUUGCCCAAAGAUGCAAUGGUAAAAUUAAUUAUUCCUUGUAUCUUACACUCGUCACAAAUUAUUUCUGAAAUUGUACUCUAAUCUAAUAUUGAUGUGUAAUUUGGUGUUAUUGAAGCGAAUAAAUAAAAUAAAUGUUAGAUGUGA